AUGGGCUCCAUGGGGAUGCAGGUCCUGGGCACAGCCCUCUGCGUUAUCGGCUGGCUGGGCACCAUCCUGUGCUGCGGGCUGCCCAUGUGGAAGACCACGGCCUACAUCGGCGAAAACAUCGUGGUGGCCCAGAUCAUCUGGGAUGGCCUGUGGAUGGACUGCGUGGUCCAGAGCACCGGGCAGAUGCAGUGCAACUCCUACGAGUCCAUGCUGGCCAUGCCGCAGGACAUCCAAGCCGCCCGGGCCAUGGUAAUCAUCUCCAUCCUCCUGGCCAUGCUGGGCAUCUUCUGCACCAUCGUCGGCGGGAAGUGCACCAACUGUGUGGAGGACGAGGCCACCAAAGCCAAGAUCGUCAUCGGGGCUGGUGUGAUCUUCCUCCUCUCCAGCCUCAUGCUGCUCAUCCCCCUCUGCUGGACGGCCAACACCAUCAUCCGGGAUUUCUACAGCCCCAUGGUGGUGGACAGCCGGAAGCGGGAGAUGGGGCCUUCCCUCUACAUCGGCUGGGCCUCCUGCGGUCUUCUCCUCAUCGGAGGCUCCCUGCUCUGUUGCAACUGCCCCCCCAGGAACGAGAAGCCCUAUUCGGCCAAGUACACCACGGCCCGAUCUGUGCAGAACAGUAACUACGUCUAA